CGUUCCUUCCACUCUUCAAUUUUUCCAUUCUUCUAAGCUUCAUCUUUAUUAAUAAACAUUUUUUUGGUUUUAACAUUUCUAUUUCUAAAUUUUUAUUAAAUUUUCAAAAUUUACCUAUAAUAAUCGUAUCUCGUGAUACUGUUUAGCAAUUCAAUUACAAUUUAGUGUUUAUAAAUUUUGAAAUUUCAAAUAUAUUUAAAGUUCGAAAAUGUAUUAAGAAAUCGGAUUCGAAUUGAAUUUGAAACAUGGAUUUUAUACUACGCCUUUGGAUUUCUAUAUUUUUCGUAUGUGAAUCAUUUUCUUUUAAUCAAAAUUUGGAGUUCCUUCAGAAUUACGAAAUUAUCGACAUAAAUACAAACCUUCACACUAGAGAUGGAGUGGAUCCUUUGAGAAGAAAAACUCCAAUUUCUGUAGAGUUCGAAGCCUUUGGAAGACAUUUUCGAAUUUUCUUGCAAGUCGAUCAUUCCAUUUCUUCAAGCACAAAGAUAUUCAUUCACGAUGACAACACAGAAGAACUAGACAUGUUGAAUAUACCACAAGCCUUUAUCUACACAGGAAUUGUAGAAGAAGAAACGUAUUCUUCUGUAUGUGGAUACUUUGAUGGUAACGUGUUCGUCGGAAGAGUGCAAUCAGUUAAGGAAGUUUAUUACGUAGAAACGGCUUUUUUUUAUUUAAAGAAAGAGCAAUAUAAAGACAAAGCCCUUAUCUAUAGAGAGAGAGACGUAACUUUUAUCAAUAAAAAUAUAAUAUACGAAAGUUUAUUUAAUGAAUAUACACGUUUUUAUAAUAAUAGUAAUGACGAUUUGAUCGAUUAUGACGUCGUUAGACAGGAGGCAUUGCAAGAACGUGGUAUGCCAAAAAAAUCGGAUAAAUUGAUUUGCGAAUUAGAAUUGAUCGCUGACCAUACAUUUGCAAAACUAAUGAAUGGGAGUCGAACAAAAGCAGUUGCGGAAAUGCUUUAUCAUGCAAAAAUAGCGGACGAAAUCUUUAAACGUAUCGAUCUGAACAGAGAUCAUAUUCCGGAAGGUCUUGGAUUUAGAGUCACAAAGAUUACUGUGUUCAAAAAUAAAAAGAGUCCCAAGUAUUUUCUGAAAGAACGUUUUUAUUCCGCUACUUUUUAUUUACAGAAAAUUAGCAGAAGUUAUCGUAAUCGUUGGUGCAUGGUCGCAGUCUUCUGCAACAGAGAUUUUCAUGUUUUGGGCAUAAGUUAUAGUGAUGGAUACUGUAGAGGUUUACAACGUUUUUCUGCUGUCAACAUUGCGGUGGUAAAUAUCUUAAAUAUAAGAGGACAGACAAUAUAUUCCAGACUUCAGGCAAGUUAUACAUUAACUCAUGAAAUUGGUCACGCAUUUGGAAGCGACGACGAUCCUUUUAAUCAUUCCGUAUGCUCUCCUGGCGAUUUAAAUCGAACACAAAGAAACUACAUUAUGUAUCCUUACGGUGCAACAGAGAGUACUUUUCAUUUAUUUAACUGGAAGUUUUCUUUGUGCAGCCUAUAUAACUUUCGGAGGAACACGGCCUCGGGAGGGCGCUGUCUUAAAGGAAAGAGUAAACCGAGGUGUGGCAAUAGAAUGAAGGAAAUAGGAGAAGAAUGCGAUUGUGGCCGAGAAAAAAUAUGCAAAAUAAUCGAUCCUUGUUGCAAUCCUAAAGGCUCACCCAACGAAUGCAAACUUAAAAAUAAAUCAAGAGAAUUUUGCAGUUUUCGUGAGUCGGACUGUUGCACGGAAGAAUGCGAAAUUCUGCCAAAAUCAAAAAAUCGUAUAUGUUUCGUUUAUAAACAUUGUCGACAGGUUAUUGCCACUUGUGAUGGCGUUUCUCCGCAAUGUCCCGAAAUCGUUUCUCCUGAUGGAACACCAUGCAUUAAACCGACUCAUUUCUGUUAUUUUGGACAGUGCAUGAGAAAUAUAUGCAAAGAAAAGAAUUUAAAUCCUUGCAAAUGUCCACCUAGUAAAGAAUGUCACGUGUGCUGCAUGAAUGCUAAUGGAACGUGUCAGUCCAGUCAAGACCUUGACCUUUUACAGAGAUAUACGCAAUCGUACUUUGUUAUCCCUGGCACUCCGUGUAACGACAGUACAGGAAUAUGUACUAGAAACGGAAUCUGCAGUUCUAAUUUGGAAGGCGUGUUUACAAGUUCUGGUGGUGCCAUAUUGGUCGAUGCGUUACAGAUAAGUUUUGCAUCAAUUUCCGUUAUUUUUAUUGUUUUGGGAAUCGUUUUAUAUUACUUUAAGAAAAUUAAAAAAUUCAAGAAGCCAGAACAUUCCAUGCAAAAAUAAUAAUUCAACUUGUUUGAACAUAA